UUUAAAAGCAAGGCAUAGUGUGUUUCUUUGCUUCUUUUCGUAGCCUUUUUUUGCAUAAGCAGACUCCAGUGGAUGUUAAUAUCACCACUGGCUAAUCCAGUUAUUGGCGUUCCUUGUCAAAGUGGUCCGCUUAACCUCGUACACCAUGAAUCCCGCUGAAAGGUCGGUUCUCUUUUUUCUUUCUGCUUUCAUUGUAACCAGCUGCGCAGCGCCAGCCGUCGUGGAUGUCGCUUUGGUGCAGUUUUUUGUAUGGGGAGAAAAAAACCCAACUAGCAGCACGUUUGCUUAUCCCGCAUUCGCUCAAGCAAGAGGAGAUCUGGCGUCCUACAAGGCGGUUAUGAACUUCAGCUCCACUGUGUUGUCUGAUCCCAGCAUAACGACCUGCGACCAGUUUGACAAGACUAUCGCGUUCUGGGCUACGCUUUUAACUGACCAAGACAAAGCUAACAGUCCGGUUUCGGCAAUAUUUGGACCCGGUUGUCCGACAUCAGCAGCGGCUGUAGCCCAGGUAGCGGCAACUGCUAACAUCCCGAUGCUGAUUGGCAUAGAGGGAGACGCAGCUCUUGCUAACAAGAAGCGCUUUCCGACGCUAACGAGAAUGUCUCCGUACAUGCCGGAAGAUCUCAGUCGAUUCGUUUCUACCGUAUUGCGCAACUUCAAGUACGAUACCGUGGGCAUUCUGUGCGACGACGCCAAUGACACUCUGGCGAUAUAUGGGCCAAUGUGCACAAAGCUGUUUGACAGUCUUCGGCUACGUUACAAUACCAGUGCGAGCCGGUUCUAUGUGAAGUCUACGGAUCCGCAGAAUGUCAAACACUAUCUGGAGGAAAUGAAGUUUACAACCCGAGUUAUCAUCAUCAUUGCCCACGGGGAUCGUAUUCGUCCUAUCAUGUUGGCAGCCUCGGACAGCCAGAUGACGGGAGGCGAUUAUGUGUAUUUUACCUUCGAGCUUUAUCCGGAUAAAAAAAAUUUUGGGAGUAUAACCUGGAACACGGGGGACGCUGAUAAACGUGACGCGGAUGCCCGGACUGCCUUUAGUUCGCUCUUCGUGAUCUCGCUACACAACGCGAGUACCUCGCCAGAGUAUCGCAAUUUCUCUCAUGUGGUCAAACUGAAUACCAGAAUGUUCAACUUGAAUUUUGCCUAUCAGCGCGGCGAAGAAAUCAACCCCUUCGCCGUAUCCUACUACUAUGCGCUCACUAUUUACAGCCAGGUACUAAAUCAACUGCUAAAAAGUGGCGGAAAUCUGCAUGAUGGCGCUGCGCUGAGCAAGCUGAUGUGGAAUCGUACAUUCACCAUAUUAGGCCAAGAUAUUGUCAUCAACGCUAACGGAGAUCGCGAUGCCGACUGGACGCUUAGCCAAAUAGACUCCAAAACCGGAAUAUUUCAGCCGGUAAUGGAGUAUUCGGCCAAUCGGAAAACUUUGGAACCAGCUCGUAACCCAGUGGACAAGAGCGUCCGCAAGAUUGUUUGGUUCAAGCGUGAUACCCCGCCUCCUAACGAGCCAAAAUGUGGCUACCGAGGAACAAAACCAGGCUGCGGGACUGCUAAAGGCUAACGCACGCAAAAAAUUGUUCAAUAAUAGUUGCAUGAGGAAUUGGAAAGUUGUCAUCCUGUCCGUGAUACAUUUCAAAGAAUGCGACCAAAAUGGCCAGAAUGUGUUCAACAUGGUGAAAGGGUGACCAUAGUUAGUCGCUGCAGUCACUUUCAGUAGUUUCAGACCGAUGCGUUAUUUUCUGUGGUUAGUGGAAAGUUAGUUGAAAUUAA